ACGCAGGUGCCGCUGGUGUCUGGUCCGCUGAGCAAAGUAACGUUUACUCACACCAGAGCUGCUGUUAUCUACUAAGCUGUUCUACUUCUGUCGCCAGGGUUUCGAGGUCGAAGUGCAAGGUUAUAAAAGAAAACAAAACUACAGCUGUAAACUGUUUGCUUCCGAGCGCGUGCGUAACUACUGGAGUCGUCGACGCGGUGCGGACUUUUCCAUUGAGGAGUCAGUUAUACAGUAAUAUUUUAGCUCGCGCUGUCCACGCUCAGGAGGAACUGACCUGUUUAGUUCUCAGGAAGACCACUUAGAUCAAGCAGUUUAUUUGUAGAUUCGUAGCAGUGUAGUUGUUGAUAACCUUGUUAUUUCAGAGAAAAACAGGACAUUAAACAGAAGGAGAAGGAAAAACAGGCUGAGAAAUGGAGAGCCGAACUUGGAGGAAACUUGACACAUUCCUGUCUGUUCUAACGCUGCUGCGUCUUUGCCCAGGUCUUCUGGCUCAGCUUCAGUUGCCCCAGAUGAAUGUGGUGGUGAUUCAGAAGCAGAUGGCAGUCCUUCAGGCCACAUAUUCAGGAGCUGACCUCAGUAAAGCUACCAUCAUCUGGAACUAUCUGGCUAAUCAACCCCAAAUCGUCAUUUCCUAUAUAAAUGGGAAUGUCGUCAGUGGUCAGGCAGAUAAAAACAGAGUGGGUUUUGUCUAUCAAAUGCCCAAUAACAAUCUGUCAAUCUACAUAAAUAACACAGUUGAGUCGGAUUCUGGAAAAUAUAUGUGCCAGGUUGUACUUCCUGAUGCUCCUGGAGCUUCAAAGGAGCUGACGCUUGAUGUGAUGGUUCCUCCUGAAACACCCAUUUGUAAGCUGCAGGGAAAGGCAGUAGUCAAAGCUAACGUCACACUCACCUGCCUCUCCAGUGCUGGCAAACCUGUACCCAAAUACAAGUGGUCCAAAACCAGCCCCACCUCCGAGUUCUUCUUCUCCCCCAUGCUCAAUGAGGUUGCGGGCACCCUGAAGCUCAAUAACCUGAGCAGCAACAUGUCAGGGAAGUAUGAGUGCACUGCCUCCAACUCUGCGGGAGAGGCCAAGUGUUACAUCAACAUGGAGGUUGUCACCUCAUCUAAUGCUGGGGUGAUAGCAGGAGCCACAGUGGGUGCAUUGGUGGGCCUCAUCCUCAUCGUCCUUAUCAUCAUUUUCUUGUGGACACGCAGAAGGAAGGAUGCGGAGGAAGAUCUAGCCAAUGAUAUUAAAGAGGAUGCUCAGGCUCCAAAACGUGUCUCCUGGGCGAAGAGUGGCACAGGCUCAGACAUCAUCUCCAAAAACGGCACUCUGUCUUCCUUCCGCUCCAGCCCUCUACCUCAAGACACUCACGACCACUUCCACAACCUUUACCCCAUCACACAGCCCACCUCUGACACAGCCUCCAUCAUCACAGGCAGCACCAGCUACCGUCCCCAGCCUGCAGGCCUCACCAGCACUCCAGAACACACUCUGCCCGGCUACAACAACAACAACACCACCUCCACUGCCACUGCUGCCACCACCAACACGGUGCCACGCAAUCCCCCAGCACCUGCCAGCUCUAACGGAGGCUCCCUACCAAGGACUGAAGCUCUUCAGCCUCCGACCUCACGCUACGUUCCAACCCCAAGCGGAGUGAGUGCCGCCAACCUCUCCCGUAUGGGAGCUGUGCCCAUUAUGGUUCCUGCACAGAAUCAAGCUGGUUCUCUCGUCUAGGGCUGAAGUGGUUUUGCUGUAUAGAGCGCCCUCUGCUGGAACUCACACUGGAAAUGACUGAAUGUGGAGGUGGUUUUACAAAAGAAAAGAGCUUUUAGAGUCUUUCACUGACUGUCCUGAAAAUGUGCAGUAUAAUGUAAUCUUAUUUACAGAACAGAAGUGAAUUUUUUAUGUUUUAUAUAUAGAUAUAAAUCCAUCGUUUUAAUUCCAUCAGUUCUGUUAUUUAAUACAUUCAUUAUCUUUUUUACAGUGUUUUUCAGGAAAGUUAUGGAAAGUCUGCUCUUGCUGUAAAGUGUCUCUCUCUCUCUCUCUCUCUCUCUCACACACACACACACUCACACACACAUUACUCAUCACUGUUAGCUAGAAUUACUUUUUCAUGUCUUAAAUAUGUUAAAACACAGAAAUGUAGAUCUAGUGCACAUUUGCUUUUAUGUUUUUUAAAAAAAAUCUUUUUAUAUUAACUGUAUUCAGUACUUGCACUUAACCGUUAGCAGAACCAGAGGAAAAAUAAAACUAAGCUGGUUGAUAUUUGAUUAAGUGGAGAGGGAUGUGUCUUUAAGUGCUAUGUGGCAAAAGGCAUACAGGAAAAAAGAACAUACAAGUACAAGAAAUGGAGCUGGCAUAGUGUUUUCAGUGUAAACUGUUGAAUUGUGUAUAUACAAAUAGUAAUGUUAUUUUGCUUUUUAUUUUUAAGCAGAUUUAGUAGUAAGACUGUGGAUAAGGCAGAUAAUGGAUUAGAAGCACUAUUCUACCUGAAACCUUUGAUAUUCUUUUCUUUUCAACUCUGAUGGUCUUUUCUACUGUAUAUUAAACAAAUAUAUUGUGUGAA